AUGGAGGUAUUUACAAGGGCAUUGGCAAAAGCAGAAUCAGAUGGGAAGAUCCAAGGCAUUAAGAUCUCAAAGAAAGCUCUGCAAGUCAGCCAUCUACUAUUUGAAGACGUCUUCUUAGUCUUUGCAAAGGCUGAUAUCCAUAAUGUCACAAAUCUCUUACAAGUUAUCAAGUCUUUCAGUGACAUUUCAGGACAACAAAUAAACUUCCAAAAAUCAGCUGUGUUCUUCUCCAAAAAUAUGCACCCAAGGCACUGUAGAAUGUUGCUAAGAAGUUUAAAGAUGAAGAAGAUGGAGUUGGAUGAAAAGUAUUUGGGAAGUCCUCUUCUAAAAAGGAAGAAAACUACAUCAUUCUCAUCACUGGUGGAUAACACAAAAAACAGGUUAACAAAAUGGAGAGGUAAAUUUAUAAACCAAAGUGGCAGAUCAGUUUUGGUUAAACAUGUUCUUAAUACCUUACCAUCACAUCAUAUGGGAGUUUUUAAGAUUCCAGAUGCAACUAUUAAGGAGCUGGAUAAAGUGCAAAGGAAUUUUUGGUGGGGAAAAUAG